AUGACAAAGAGAUGUAUCGCAACACGCAAGGGGGGCGAGUUAACCGUAAUUGACGUAUCGCCCCCGACGCCAAAAGCAGGCGAAGUCAGCAUUCGCAACAAAGCAGUGGCUUUGAACCCGGUGGACUGGAAGAAGCUUGAAUAUGGGAUAAUGACCGACAGCUGGCCGGCCGUUUUUGGCUCGGAUGUCGCCGGCGUCGUCGAGAGCGUCGGUGAGGGCGUCAGUGCUUUCAAGCCAGGAGACGAAGUCUUCAGCCUAGCUGGCCACGACAACCGGGCAGGGGGAUUCCAGGAGAUUUCAACUGUGCCUGAGCACUUUGUGGCGCACAAGCCGCCCUCUUGGACUUUUGAGGAAGCGGCUUCCGUCCCAAUCUGCUACUUGACCGCCGCGGCAGCGGUCACCCUCGGCUUGAAGGUUACACUGCCUUUUCUCCAAGAGAACGCGCGCACUUCACAAGAAAGUCUCCGCAGUGUCCUCGUUAUCGGUGGUGGUUCUGGUGUCGGCGCCUCCGCCAUCCAGCUUCUUCGAAUCGCUGCGCCGUCUUUGGAGAUCGUGGUGACAGCAUCGCCAAGUCAUCACGCGCCGCUCAUUUCUCUCGGAGCAACGACCUGUGUAGAUCGUGCUACUCCUGACAUUGUCGGUGCGAUUAAGGCGGCUUCUGCUGAUGGCCUGGGAGUUGAUGCUAUCUUGGAUGCAGUUUUGGGAGCCGGUACCGAGAACCAGCCGUGUCUGUUUGAUACCUUGCGCGCUGAUGGUCCAAAGCUGUAUAGUGCUGUUGUCACAGACACUCAGCUUAGCAUCCCGGCGGGAGUGGAGGCCGUGAAAUCUUCUGGGCGUCAGACUUUCGGCGUUGCGGGAGGCAUGUCAGCUAUGUCGGUCCUGGCGAAGCUGGGGCGGGACGGAGAUUUCAAACCCCCGCUGAAGAUAGAGGUAGUCGGGAAAGGCCUCGAGAGCAUUGGGGAUGGGCUUGAGAAGUUGAAAUCGGGGGUGAGUAGGACUAAGCUUAUCGUCACAUUGUAA